AUGUCUGUGAUACGGCUUCCGAAGAACGAGCUUGAUGCUCAAAUUUACCGCUACCUUCAGGAGGCAAACUACGCAGACGCAGCAGAGGCUUUGAAGUUGGCCAAUUCAGCCGUCGUUUCGGCAGCUCGAAGGCUUAAGUUUUCGGCACUUAUUGCCGCCAAAAAUCAGAUUAAUGAGGAUUCCGACAGCGACGACGAGCCGGUGCGCAAGCCCAGCAAGCCAUCACCAAAGGCUGCUCCCAAAAAGGCCAUGGCCGACUCCGACAGCGACGACGAGCCGGUGCGCAAGCCCAGCAAGCCAUCACCCAAGGCUGCUCCCAAAAAGGCCAUGGCCGACUCCGACAGCGACGACGAGCCGGUGCGCAAGCCCAGCAAGCCAUCACCCAAGGCUGCUCCCAAAAAGGCCAUGGCCGACUCCGACAGCGACGACGAGCCGGUGCGCAAGCCCAGCAAGCCAUCACCCAAGGCUGCUCCCAAAAAGGCCAUGGCCGACUCCGACAGCGACGACGAGCCGGUGCGCAAGCCCAGCAAGCCAUCACCAAAGGCUGCUCCCAAAAAGGCCAUGGCCGACUCCGACAGCGACGACGAGCCGGUGCGCAAGCCCAGCAAGCCAUCACCCAAGGCUGCUCCCAAAAAGGCCAUGGCCGACUCCGACAGCGACGACGAGCCGGUGCGCAAGCCCAGCAAGCCAUCACCAAAGGCUGCUCCCAAAAAGGCCAUGGCCGACUCCGACAGCGACGACGAGCCGGUGCGCAAGCCCAGCAAGCCAUCACCAAAGGCUGCUCCCAAAAAGGCCGUGGCCGACUCCGACAGCGACGACGAGCCGGUGCGCAAGCCCAGCAAGCCAUCACCCAAGGCUGCUCCCAAAAAGGCCAUGGCCGACUCCGACAGCGACGACGAGCCGGUGCAUGCUUCUUCCAAACGCACUAGUCGUGCUGAAGAAGGGGAGGAUGAACCUGUGAAGAAGGUUAGUCGUGUCGAAAAUAGGGAGGAAAAUGGAUACAAUGGUUUUGGUAACCGUGGUGGCCGUGGCUUCGGUGAUCGUGGUGGCCGUGGCUUCGGUGAUCGUGGUGGCCGUGGCUUCGGUGAUCGUGGUGGCCGUGGUUUCGGUGAUCGUGGUGGCCGUGGUUUCGGUGAUCGUGGUGGCCGUGGUUUCGGUGAUCGUGGUGGCCGUGGCUUCGGUGAUCGUGGUGGCCGUGGUUUCGGUGAUCGUGGUGGCCGUGGCUUCGGUGAUCGUGGUGGCCGUGGCUUCGGUGAUCGUGGUGGCCGUGGCUUCGGUGAUCGUGGUGGCCGUGGCUUCGGUGAUCGUGGUGGCCGUGGCUUCGGUGAUCGUGGUGGCCGUGGCUUCGGUGAUCGUGGUGGCCGUGGUUUCGGUGAUCGUGGUGGCCGUGGCUUCGGGCGUGUUACUCCAAAUCUUGAUAACAAUCGUGAAAGCACUAAGUUUGAAGAAAGCGACUAG